AUGGAGCAGGUCCACGGCGUCGACGUCAGCUGGAUGACUCCAGGUUCCUCCAAAGGCAUGUCAACAAUCUCUACUGUGGCUCAUCUCACCUCUCCCCGGCACAAUAUGGCAUUUGCUACUGCCACUUACAAGCUUAAUAAAUCCUCCUCGCCGCCGAAGGCGGCUGUCGCUCAGCCCCGCCAAAUAUUAACUCCGUCGAACAAUACACCGUCGCAUCAACGAAAGGAUUCCAAGUCGGGACCUGAGGUCAACGUUCAACCGAGCACCUCUCUCAAUGGCGGCUCCAGCCUCACCAAACGCCUGUCGCGAUCUGGCUCCGUCGAUAAGCAACCCGGACCCAAUGGCACACCACCUGGUCGUCGCACCUGGUUUUCCAAUAUUUCUGCCAAAUUCUCGAGUUCAUCGCCCGCCGCGAAUGGACCUCAGUCGCCAACGGAACCGACGUCACCUCAUAAUUUGAGUCUGCCGCAUCGCACUACGUCGCAUGAAGACCAAGGGCCAGCAUCGCCACAGACAUCAGAGCCACCUGUCCCAAAAAUCUCGCCCUCAAGAAAUGCCGUUUUGCAACAUGGCGCCAAGCCAGAGGGCAGUGGUCCUUAUAUACCAGCGCCGCCCAGGUCUGGCCAAGCCGGCAUUCUAAAUGUUUUCCGCCGCCUGUCAUCAUCCUCGUCUGUCAACGGUGCUGCCAACAAUCGUUUAGCACACGGUCUUGUUGAACGUAUGGUUCUCAACAAGGAUAAAAACAGAGAACGGUGUGACAUCAGUGAGCUAAAGGCAGCCAAAUUACGCCGUGUUGCAUUUUGCGUCGAUGUGGAAGUUGCAUCGAUGCCUAAGUACGCAGAUGGGGAAGUCGCUACACAACUAAUCGACAAGACCGCAAAGAAGAAGCUCAGUGAAAAGGGCGAGGGCAAAGCGCUGAAGAGUGACAGCGCUGUCAUGAAAGAAGAGAAUCUUGAUAAUAGCAGGUUAGAACCAGUGGCUGGAGUAGGGACAAAUGGUCAUGCAAUCGGGGCUGUUGACGAACUCGAAAAGUUGCCGAGCAAUAUGGCUGACGAAAACGACAGUCAAGAAGCGGAUACCUCAAUGAAUGAGAAGGAAACAUCCAAGAAGAAGGAGAAGAAAAAGCGCAGUGAAGAAGAACGCAAAGCGCGAAAAGAAAAGCGCAGAAAGCUGGCGGAAGAUAACGGCACCAUUCCAGUCGAGAUUCACUACGACAGCUCUGACUUGUCUGAUUCGACAGAUUCUAGCACAGUCAGGACCAGCUCUCUACCGAUUACCAACCCCGCGAGAAUCUACCGAAGAUGUUGCCAUCUCCGCGACACGCCAAUCCUGAAGAAGAUUACAGAACAAUUGAUUGACCCGAUCAACCUUACCCUCGGAGUGGUCAGCAAGCUGGAUCUAACAGGCUACUGGUUACAGCUGGCUGAUUUGGUAACACUCGGCGACUUCCUUGCCGUUGUACCUGUUCGAGAAGUUUUGCUCGAGAAUAUUGGUCUGACGGACGAAGGCCUCCGUGUGGUCCUGGCUGGCCUCUUGGCCGCCAAACCACCUACAUCACACCGCAAAAAGCCAAGGCACAAAGAAGAACCGCAGGGCGGCGUAGUCGAGCGCCUCGUCCUGAAAAACAACAAACUUGGACCAGACGGAUGGAAGCACCUUUCGUUAUUCAUUUACCUCUGCAAAUCAAUCAAGAGUCUCGACCUUGCCCACAUACCCUUUCCGCGCCAGGCCGUUUCCCAGGCCAGCGGCGCGCUGUCCAAUGGGCAACACAUCCCCCGCAGUAUCGCCGACAUAUUCGCCACAGCCCUCGGUGAUCGACUCGGCGGCUCGACGUUAGAUUUGAUCAAUAUUGGCGAGACGGAACCUAGCAUGGAACAACUCGGCGUCAUUCUCGACGGCAUGUUGAAAUGUCAAGUGAAGCGUCUCGGACUAGCGCAUAACUACCUCGACGAACAGGGCGUUAGUCAUGUGACGAAAUACAUCUCCUCGGGCAUCUGUGAAGGCCUCGAUCUGGCCGGCAAUGAUCUCCGUGGUCACGAGGAAAAAAUUGCAUCGGCGAUAGAAGUCAGCGUCAAUCUCUCGGCUCUCAGCUUGGCGGGUUGCGAACUCGGACCUUCUUCUCUCUCAAAGAUUCUACCUGUCCUGGCAAACAUGCCACAUAUCCGAUUUAUCGAUCUUUCCCACAAUAGGGAAUUAUUUCAGUCACGACCUAGUGCCGUCGGUCUUCUAAGAAGAUAUCUGCCUAAAUGCACUGGGUUGAAACGCAUCCACUUAUCUGAUGUGAGCAUGAACUCCGAGCAGGCCAUCGCGUUGGUCGAGGUGCUUCCGGAAAUUCAACAACUGGCGCACAUCAACCUGCUGGAAAACGAAGAGCUUGUCAAGCUGGCUCACGCAAAGAGUGAAGAGGCACAAGAGGAAGCUUGCUCACUGUAUGCUUCACUCAUGGCGGCAGCCCGAGUCUCGAAAAGUAUCAUCGCCAUUGAUAUUGACGUUCCUCACGACGAAGCUGGCGAGAUUGUCAAGGCCAUGGCAAGGCAGGUUGUUGCGUACUGUCUACGCAACAUGGAGCAAAUGCCAGACACGGGCCUUGGCGCUGCCAUGGCGGCAACAUUGUCGGAGACUAAUGGGGCCGAUGACUCAAAGCCAGCAGGUUACUCUGACGUCAUUAUGCAUCUCGUAGGCCACGAUGUGAUGCAAGAUAGCGACGAGGAAGACAAUAGCUCAGCCCCUAAUGAAGACUACGUUAUUGGGGGUACUGGCGUCGUCAAGGCACUCAAGUGCUGCCUCGAGAAUCGUGGAGAUGAUUCGCAGCGCCAGUCUGGUGAAUUUGGUCGCGAAGCGGAGCCUGGUGCGUCUCUUGCAAGCCGCAAGCUCGCAACCGGCGGCAAGGCGAAGGAUAUGUCAAAGCAUCUGCUAGCCGGCGCGCGCAAGAUUCGAUUGCGGUUACAGCCUGCCCUUAUCAAGGCCAAGACUAACCCAGACGACGAAAUGACGUUGCGAAAACUCACGUUCCUGGACGAAACCUUGCAGGGCAUCAUCAACCGGUUCGAAGACGAAUAUCCCGAUACACGAGAACCUUUAGAGCUCACCGAAGCGGAACCGAAACGCGGCAGAAGCGCGUCUGCUGAGUCGACACAAGGGCCCACACGCGUAGAAGAGAUUGUGGUGUCUGACGGGGAAGACGACGGGGAGAUGCACGCGCCGCGGUUGUCCCGCAGCAACUCGACGCUGUCCAAGGUGCUCGCCGAGGAGGAGGGACGGGUGCACCGGGUGGGCCACCGUUUCCGCGUGGGCAUGGUAUCGCAGAUGCAGGUGCGGGAUCUGGUGGCCUCGAUCGACGACAUGAGCGCGGACCCGCGCCACGUGCGCAUGCUGACGGAGCUGGCCGAGGACGUGGGCGGCGACUUUUGGGCCCAAGUGCAGGCCAAGGGCGCGAUCCAGGCCUACAAGGACAACCGCGAGUCGCUGCUGACGACGAUGAAGGGCAGCGACCCCGACGGUGGGCAGUGGGACCGCUUCGUCGAGUCGCAGAAAAAGGCCCUGGCCAACCGGACUGUGUCCAGCGAGCAGGAAAAGUCGCUCCGCGAGGCGGCACGGGUCGCCGAUGAGAAUGCGAUUGCCGAUUGA